GAUUCUUAUCCUUAGGCUUAAAUUUAUUCCAUUGAAUCAUUCUUUUAUACAUCAAUUAUCCAAAUUGACAAUCAUACGACCAAAACAUGACCCGAUCCUAAAUUUACAAGCCGUAAACUCGCUCCAAACUCCACUCAACACAAAUUGAACCCGAAAUUAAAACCAAUCCGAAUUUGAAUUGAACCAAACUCAACCCUACACUCAAAAUGAUAAUCGACCCGACCUAACUUGAAACUUAAACCAACCCGAGGUUAAACUUAAUAUGAAAGCUAGAUUGACCUGACAUGAAAAUAUGACCCAAUAUCUGACUUAACCUGGACUGAAUUCGACCCAUAAACAUGUAUUGAUAUCUCUACUCAACCCAAACCUCCACCUCCUCCAGGCCCUAGACCCUUUUGUUUUUGACUAAAACAAAGUAAAAAUAAAAAAAAAUAAAUUAAUAAAAUAAUUAAACAUAACCGAAACAACAAGAAUACAGGGAAGAAGAAGAAGAAGACAGAGAGAAAGCGAGACUUAAACUUAGGGAUGUACGGCGGGUCCCAUAAAUUCGGCCGAGGCGGCGGCGGUCGCGGCGGCGCUUCCGCUUCCAAGCGCAACUCCUUCCCUCCACCACCUCCUCAACGCCCUUCCUCCGCCGCCCGACCUUCUCACUCCUCCCGCAAACCGCCGCCUCCGUCAUCGUCGUCGGCGUCUCCUGCUCCGGCGACGACGGCGCCGCCUCAAUCUGAGGAAUCCUUCACCCUUGUUCCCGGCAAUCCUCCCUCCUUCGCCGCAACCAUUCGUCUUGCUCCUGACCUCGUUGAUGAGAUCAAGCGUGUUGAGUCUCAAGGUGGUGCUGCUCGGAUUAAAUUUGAUUCUAACCUUAGUAAUCCUCUUGGCAAUGUUAUUGAUGUGGGUGGCAAAGAAUAUCGAUUUAUGUGGGCACAUGAAAUGGGUGGCCUUUGUGACAUCUAUGAAGAACGCCAGAGUGGUGAAGACGGUAAUGGUUUACUUGUUGAAUCUGGUUGUGUAUGGCGCAAGGUGAAUGUGCAGCGUGUCUUAGACGAGUCCACUAAGAAGCAGGUUAAGAAGAGAUCAGAAGAAUAUGAGCAGAAACUCAAAUCACGCAAGGCUAUUGUCUUGGACCAAUGCAAUCCCCCUAUGAAGAGUCAAAUGCAAGCAUUUGCUGCUGCAGAGGUUAAUCCAAGGAAGUUUAAACCCAAAAACAGGAGAUUAUCUGAGCCAUCACAAGUUGGUGGACCUCCUAAACCUGUGAAGUCAACUACUGGAUCCUCCUUAACUUUUUCUGCAAAGGGAAGGCAUUCAACUUCACCUCUGCUAUCACCUCAUAACCAGCCUGUUUCUGUGGCAUCUUCUUUUAAUAGAGGAAAUGCUACUGAAAGUCAAAUUGUUGCAGAGAAUUCAAUACCUAACCAAGCUAGGGAACAGGAAAAUGCUGUCAGCUCUGUGAAUGAUGCCCCUGCCCUAGUUUCUGGUAGGGUGCCUGAAUCAGUAGUGCACAAAGAGAAUCAAGGAGCUGGAAUAUUGGAUCUACAGAACUACCUAGUAACAUUGCUGAGAGAGAAUCCAAAGGGGAUGAGCAUAAAGGCAUUGGAGAAAGCUGUUGGAGAUACAACUUCCAUCUCUGUUCGCAAAAUUGAGCCCAUUCUUAAGAAAAUUGCAACUUAUGAACCUCCUGGAAGAUAUGUUUUGAAGUCGGCUGUGGAGCAGGAAAGCUUGAAGAAGUCGUAUUUUGAUAAUGGAAGUUCUCCUGAAGACAAUAAUCAGAAGUUUGUUCCAGAAGAUAACCUUGUUGAAGUACCAGCUCCAGGCUUAAGAUUUGCAGAGAAGUCACCAGCUAUGGAUGUGGAGGAACAGGUGCAAACUUUUGAUGAAGAGUCAAAUAUGGUUGAAAAAAUUGAUGCAUCACAACACUUUUCCGAUUUAUUUGGUGAUGAUGAACCCCCUGUAAACAAUGAAGGUCAAACUGUGAGAUCUAAUGACAGUAAAAGUGACAGUGAUAGUGAUAGUGGAAGUAGUGACAGUGGCAGUGAUAGUGCAAGCCGAAGUAGAAGCCCUGCAGGUAGUGGGAGUGCUAGUAGCAGUGAUAGUGAAGGUGAUGAUUCUUCUUCAGCAUCUGAUGUGGAUGUUGAUAUAAUAAGUGAUGAUGACAAAGAACCCAAGAAUUUACAAGUUACUGAACAUGUGCUAUCUACAACAGGAGUUCCAUGGGGUAUGCCUAAUGCUUUGCCCCAACAAGAUGGAAGAAAUAUAGAUCAAGAUGGCUAUGUAUCUGAGGAUGUUGACAUUGGGUCGGAUUUUCUUGAUGAUAAUGAAUCUCAGCUGGCAACAGUCCCUCAAAAUCUUGGUAUAACUACUGAGAAAAUGAUAGCUUCUGAUCAUGAUCAAACUCAACCAUGUAAGAGGGCCGAUGUGGUUACUGAGCAAGAUGUUAUAGAUGAUAUCCAACCUGAGAAUCAUGACUUUGUUAAGUCUGGGGGUAAAUCUAAAAGAGGAUCCAGUGACAUUCAGUUUGAGCAUGAUGGUGAUCAUGUCAAAAGAUUUAAAACAAAUCCGACACAGCCUACAGUUUCUGGGCAUAUUGAAUCACAUACCUUGGGGAGUUCGCCAAAUCACUCCGCUGGCUUAAUGAGUGAAGACAUUCAUGAGACCCAUAACGUGCAAAAGUCAAAUCAGUUCAGCAGGGAUGAGGGUGCUAACACACAUCUAGGUGUGCAGAGUGGGUAUAACUAUGUUAUUCCUGGAAAAUCUGCUGUAGAGUCAUUACAUUCUGGUCGAGGGCCUGCUGGACGUUUGGGGGUAGAUUCAAAACUACAGAGGACAAAUGAAUAUACACAACUAACACAAGAAUGUUUUUCAAAAUACGACAAGGGUUACCGAGAGGUACAGUAUGAGGAAGAUAGUUCAAAUGAGAAAGCAAAUGGUAAGUUUAAAGAAAAUCCUCUUGCUCAGAAGAGCUCAGUAUGCCCGGAGCCCCACCACAGAAAGCAUAGUGAAUGGGAUAAUAAGGCACAAUCAUUAGGAACUUCUUCGAGGUUACACACGGGAUUCUCUCUGAAGGAAAAUGGUAAGGCUGAGUUUGACAGGUCUCCUGGUGGCAAAAGAUUGCUCCAAAGAGAACUAUCAGACCUGGAGUUGGGUGAACUUCGUGAUUCCUUGCCAGAGGAAUCAGAAGGGAGUAAACGGCAGUUUGAUAGAGUAAGCUCCUUCAAGAAGUCCGAGAUGAAAUCAGGUACCUCAGGUUCUCAGAAUCCAGAUUUGAGAAGCAAAUCUAUAGGCAAGCCAGUCAUAGAGUCCGGUAACACCUCCUUCCCAAAUGCAAGAGGAGCUCCAAAUAAUUCUGACAGUUUGUCAAAGAUAAAAUCUCCAGAACCUUAUGUUGAAGAUGGUUCCCGUCCUCAUGGGGAUUUGCAAUCUCAGCUACAACAAUCAAGGAGUGGUCAUGCUGAAGUUGGGCCUGUUUCCAACAAAGCCGUGGAUCAUAGCAGAUUGGGGCAUGGUGCGGAUGUUGCUAAUCAAGAAACAGAAGAUGUAGGUUAUGGAGAAACACACAAAAAAUCUCACGUUCAUUCACAACGUGAAGACUCCCGACAAGAAAUGGGUUCACGCAAGGGGAAAGGAAAUAAGUCAAGAAAAUCUAACACAAUAAGAUCUGCAAGUGAUUUGACCAAAAAGAAAAAAGAUGCUAGUGAUCUGACCAAAAAGAAAAAAGAUGCUAGCGACAGAAAAAGAGACGUGUCAAAUACUCAAGGUGGUAUUAAUAAGCGCAAAAGGAGUGAGUCCUUUUCAGAUGAUUCAUUCUCUAAGUAUGAAAAGGAUGAGCCAGAGCUAAAGGAGCCGGUUAAAAACUUCUUACAGUAUAAUGAAUAUGUGCAAGAGUAUUGUGAGAAGUAUGAACCUUACUCUUCCCUGAUCAAAAUCUUGGAGAGAUACAGGAUUGAUUUUCAGAAGUUGGGGAUGGAACUUGAACGUGCAAAAGGUACUGAAAGAUAUGACGAAAUUUUGGCACAAAUAAGAGAAAGCUAUCGCCGGUGUGAAAUGCGUUAUAAACGACUGAAGAAAAUAUUUCUUGUGCUUCAUGAUGAAAUGAAGCAUCUUCGGCAGAUGAUUGAGGACUUUUAUUUAGACUACAAUAAGGGUAGAGUUUGACUACUAAGAUCAUUUAUCAAGUUUCCAUGUUCAGACCCGGAAAGCUUCAUAAAUUAAGGUCGUGAAUUUAUAAGGUCUGUUGCCUUAAUUGUGCAGCCUGUAAUUUUUAGUAGAUUAAUUUCAUGAACAUAAUAGCAAUGUUGUUGGGGCACCGGAGCCUUAGAACUGGGGUACAUGAUUGGGGAUGACCUGAGCUGUUCAAUUGUGGGUUUUGCGUCAUUGUGUGAGAGGAGAGGAAGCUUGUAAGGAUUAAAGCUGUAAAUGUAGAAUAUAUGUAAUAGGAUGAACAAAAAUUACUGAUUUUUUGGAGAGAAGCUCUCAUUUUGCCCCCAUUUUUUGUUCUUAAUGGAAAUAAGUAUAGCCCUUUUAGUUAGAUAA